AUGGUAGGUAAUUUAGGGUUGAACAUUUCGUCGUCCAAAAGUAAAGUUUGUGUGUUUAAAAAGGGACUUAAUAGAUAUCCAGUAAACAUUAUCGUCAACGGUUCCACACUGUCCGUAGUACAUCAUGCAAAGUAUUUGGGAGUAUGGUUAGAUAGAUCGCUAAGGUGGGGCAAACAUAUUAAUGAUUUAUGUAACAAGAUUUCGAAUUUUCUUAACAUUUUUAAAGUUUUGGCUGGCUAUGGAUGGGGUGUUCAUCCAAAACAUUUAAGACGCUUAUAUUUGUCUGUUAUACGAAGCCGAAUAGAUUAUGCCUGUUUUGUUUAUAACGAUAGCAGUGUAGCUCAUUUGAUUAAAUUAGAUAGGAUGCAAAACAGAGCUUUGCGAAUAAUUGGUGGGUACAUUAGGAGUACACCAUCUCACGUAAUGGAAUCAGAUUUGUGUAUACAACCUCUUUGUUUCAGAAGAUUUUAUUUAGCGGGUAAAUUUUUAUUGAAAUCGAUGUCUAUGACCAAUAGCUCACUCAUACAAAUAUUAGACAAAUUUAUAUCUUCAAAUUUAGUUACUUCGUGGAAAAGAAAGCGUAAACCGUUGUUAAUAGAGGUCUACGAUAUUUUAAAAAAUGUUGAGGUCAAUAAAAGUAAAUCUUUGGAUAUCUUCUCACUUGAUACGUGGCCGAACAAUAUUCAAAUAGCAAAUUUAAUUAAAAUAGAUAUAAUGAAUAUUAAUAAACCUAAAAGAAACGAUAGUACAUCAUAUUUAAAUAACCACUGUAAGAACUUUAUUGACGAACAGUAUAACGGAUUUUACAAAAUAUUCACUGACGGUUCUAAGGAUGGCCUACACAUAGGUGCAGCAUUUUUUGAUGCCGAAUCUUCAGAUUCAAUUUACUUUAAAAUUAGUAGUAAUAUUUCUAUCAUGCACGCUGAGCUAUUGGCUGUUUCUGAAGCUUUAUCAUAUGUAUCCUCCAUUGAUUACGACAAAUUUGUUAUUUUCUCAGACUCUAAGUGCGCUCUUCAACAUGUAGCUCGAUGUACAUCUAACGCUAGAAGUACUCCCGUAGCGUACAGAAUUUUAAAACAAAUAUGUAGUUUAAGAGAACAGUCUAAAACAGUUUUUUUGCAAUGGAUUCCAUCUCAUAUUGACCUAUUAGGUAACGAUAUGGCGGAUACUCUAGCAAAGUAUGGCGCUUGCGAUGGUAUAGAAAUGAUUGUUAGGCCUAUUUUUUCCGAGUGUUUACACAUAGUUAAAAAUAAAUGCAUUGACUUGUGGAGAGAAUAUUUUGAUAAAAGGUCGAAAGACAAAGGCAUCUGGUACCGGACCAUACAACCUCACCCACCCAAUAUAUCUUGGAUAGACACAGUGUUAUUGAACAGAAAAGACGUUGUCACCGCUUUACGGUUGCGGUCUGGACAUAUUCCAUUCAAUAAAUUUGGCCAUUUGAUGGGUAUAACUCCACACCCUAAUUGUUCAGUUUGUGGAGUAGUAGAGGAUGCCUAUCAUAUAUUAAUGGAAUGUGUUAAGAACGAAACCAGAAGACGCCAAUUUUUCCCAUAUAAACUGUUUUAUACGAAUGUUGGAGAAUGUAAUAGUAUAUUGACAAAACCAGAAUCUAUUUCGGCAAAGAAAUUAUAUAAAUUGGUCGAUGAAGUUCAAUCAAUCAUGUAA